GAAAAAAAAAAAGCCAGAAAAAGUUUCUUUCCUGGAGUCCCAAACGACGUGUGGGACAGAAGAGGAGGUCCAAGCCAGAGGCCCGGGCUUCCCUGACCACUGUCUGAAGUCCCUCGUUCCAGGCCAUGUCGGGGCCCACCUGGCUUCCCCCGAAGCAGCCGGAGCCUGCCAGAGCCCCUCAGGGGAGGGCGCUCCCCCGAGGUGCCCUGGGGCCACCACCAGCCCAUGGAGUAGCACUGCAGCCCCAACCCAGGGUCAAUUUUUGCUCCCUCCCAUCUGAGCAGUGUUACCAGGCCCCAGGGGGACCGGAGGAUCGGGGGCCGGCUUGGGUGGGGUCCCAUGGAGCACCCCAGCGAUCCCAGGGGCUCCCCCCAGACAGGGGGGGCCUGCACCCAGGAAGCCUGGAUGCUGAGAUAGAUUCGCUGACCAGCAUGCUGGCUGAGCUGGACGGGGGUCGUGGUCACGUCCCACGGCGACCAGACCGACAGGCUUAUGAGUCCUCUCAGCCCCCUGCCUACCGUACGGGCUCCCUGAAGGUGAACGGAGGGGGUGUUCCACCUCCACAGCUCCCGGCAUCCCCCUAUGGGGGCCCCACUCCGGCCUCCUACACUACCACUAGCACCCCAGCUGGCCCUGCCUUCCCUGUGCAAGUGAAAGUGGCACAACCAGUGAGGGGCUGUGGACCGCCCAGGCGGGGGGCUCCUCAGGGCUCUGGGCCUCCGCUGGGCCCCCACUUUCCUCUCCCAGGUCGAGGUGACGCCUGGGGGGCUGGCUAUAGGAUCUACCGUGAGCCAGGGCCAGGGGGUAAAGAGGAGGCUGCUGGGGUCUCUGGCCUUGCAGGAGGUGGAAGAGGAGGCGGGCAUGGGCCCCAGGUCCCCCAGAGCCAGCCUCCUGAGGAGGAGCUGGAGAGGCUGACCAAGAAGCUGGUGCAUGACAUGAACCACCCACCCAGCGGGGAGUACUUUGGCCGGUGUGGUGGCUGCGGAGAAGAUGUGGUCGGGGAUGGGGCCGGGGUGGUGGCCCUUGACCGUGUCUUCCAUGUUGGUUGUUUUGUGUGUUCUACGUGUCGGGCCCAGCUUCGGGGCCAGCAUUUCUAUGCCGUGGAGAGGCGGGCGUAUUGUGAGAGCUGCUAUGUGGCCACCCUGGAGAAAUGCUCUACAUGCUCCCAGCCCAUCCUGGACCGGAUCCUGCGGGCCAUGGGGAAGGCCUACCACCCUGGCUGCUUCACCUGCGUGGUGUGCCACCGCGGCCUCGAUGGCAUUCCCUUCACGGUGGAUGCCACCAGCCAGAUCCACUGCAUCGAAGACUUCCACAGGAAGUUUGCCCCACGAUGCUCAGUGUGUGGUGGGGCCAUCAUGCCUGAGCCGGGUCAGGAGGAGACUGUACGAAUUGUUGCUCUGGAUCGAAGUUUUCACAUUGGCUGUUACAAGUGCGAGGAAUGUGGGCUGCUGCUCUCCUCUGAGGGUGAGUGUCAGGGCUGCUAUCCGCUGGAUGGGCACAUCUUGUGCAAGGCCUGCAGUGCCUGGCGCAUCCAGGAGCUCUCAGCCACCGUCACCACUGACUGCUGAGUCUUCUCAGAAGCACCUACUGCAUUCUCAGUUCCAUUGGCCACCCUCCCUGACAUCUACCUUUGCAACUUUUCACCAAAUGCUGUCUCCUCUUCCUCCAAUCAUGAGAAAUA